UUCGCUAAAAUUACAGUUGACAUUUCCACCACUCUCCUCUUCCCUUCCCUUCCAACCCACGUCUCUGCAACUCUCUCUCUCUUACAUUGAUACCUUCUCUUCACCUUAAUUCAUUUCCCAAAAUACCCUCUUAACUCACACUUCAUAUCUCUUUAGAUCCCAAACCAACCCCAAUUCGAACCCACAUUCCAUUCCCAUUUCCACAACAAAAAAAAGAAAAAGAAAAAAAGAAAAACGAUGUCGUUCCAGGAAGGUGACAUAGAAGUAGAGGUGGACGAUGAAGAAGCCUUGGAACACACACUCCUCGUAGUCCGCGAAGUCUCCGUCUACAAAAUCCCACCUCGUUCCACCUCGGGCGGGUACAAGUGCGGUGAGUGGCUCCAAUCCGAUAAGAUCUGGUCGGGUCGGCUCCGGGUCGUUUCGUGUAAAGCCCGGUGCGAGAUCCGACUCGAGGACCCUGGUUCCGGCGAUCUAUUCGCCGCGUGCUUUGUGCUGCCCGGUCAGCCUCGGGAGUCUUCGGUGGAGACUGUUCUUGAUUCCUCGAGGUAUUUCGUUUUGAAAAUUGAGGAUGGGCGCGGGAAGCACGCGUUUGUUGGGUUGGGAUUCGCGGAGAGAAAUGAGGCUUUCGAUUUCAAUGUGGCGCUUUCGGAUCACGAGAAACAUGUGAGGAGGGAGCAGGAGAAGGAGGUUGGGGAGAGUAGUGAUGAUACCCAUAUCGACAUUCAUCCUGCUGUUAAUCAUAGAUUGAAGGAAGGUGAAACCAUCCGGAUCAAUGUGAAGCCCAAACCAACUAGUGGAACUGGUAUGCUCUCAGCUGCUGGUCUGACAGGUGCAGUUUCUGGAACCGCAAAGCCUAAAGCCUUGAGCCUCGCUCCACCACCUACUGGAGCAGGAAAAAUCAGGUCUCCUCUCCCUCCUCCUCCCAAUGAUCCUGCUGCUGCUCGGAUAACCUCUACCAGUCACCAAGGUGUUGUUAUCAAGGGGCCUAAGGAAAAUGCGAGGCAUUCAAAUGAUCCUUUAUCAGACCUCUCUCCACUUGAGAGAAAUCUCCCUACGGCAACUGGAUCAGGAUCAACAAAGGCCACCGCUUCAGGAUGGGCUGCUUUUUGAUUGUGUGAGAAUUUGGUAAUUGUGAUUGAGAUCUUUGUUUGAUUUUUUUUUUUUUU